GAUUUUACCGUGUGUGUUGUGGAUUGUGGAAUUGAAUAUACAGUUUGUAAUUGCUCAUCCUAUGUGUUCUAAUUCACGGAGACAAUGUCUUUCAGUCAUUUCACCCAAGGAGGCAUGCAUAUACGGAUUUAGGCUUUGAAAACAAACAGCCAAAAUGGCGGCCGGUGAAUUAGAAAGUGUCUGAGUGCAUGUAGGAUAUCUGAACGGAGAAUAGGAGUACUGCAUCCCAUCUGAUCCUGCAGUUUCCACAAAGUGGGGAGGUCGAUGUACUUGCAGAAGGAUGACAAUGGCUAGGAUGAGCUGGUGUUGGUAAGCUAAAUGAAACUACCCUCUCUUGUUUCUUCACAGUUGCUUCUCGUGAUGUUAACGUUCUAUCCUCUCCAAAUUCCUGUUUACGCUUAUUGAAACGAGCUGUCAGAUAUUCAAAUUCCUGUUCAACAUCAACAAGACUGAGAGUGUCUGGCUUUUUGUCAAGUGCGUAAAAGCUUUCAAGACUGUCAUUUAAACUAUCAUAAAAACCAGAACUUUGCUAAGUAAUUUAGGUCUAGCACCACUUAAUUUUGGAGUUGAUGCUAAUGUUCAAUGUAGCUUUAUCGAAGCAUCAUUUUGAUUAAGGAUGGAUACUUGUCAGCGUUUUUUAACGUAAGUGGGUCUCCAUAGUUUGAGUGACGUAAAAUUUCUGUUGUUAAUUUUUGGAGAAUAAACAAUUAUUAAAUGAUUAUAUUGAAAUAGAAAUGGCAACUCUGUACCAUUUACAAGCACACUUCAUUAAAUUCUUAAUGUUUCGACAAACGCAACGAAAACUUAACGACAACCAUCGUAACUUUCAUGCAAACGUAAACAACAUGGGAAAGUCAAGGCGGCGAGGGCGGUUCACGAAGUCUGUAACUGCAAAUAAAUACAAUAAUAUCGCCGAAGCCCAGCGAAAAAGAUGGGAGAAAAGUGUCAUUCUUUCACAGCAUGACUAUGCAAUCCCCUCCGAUAAAGAGAGCACCGUUCCACAAUUUCCACACCUGGCAGACGACAUUUCAGAUGACUAGUAUACUGUUGCACACGAAGAAAAUGUAUAUGAAAACUCGAGAGUCAAUGCACAGUGGAUAACUGGCGGAAGAGUUAUUGGCAGAAUGUAAAAAAUGUGGUCUACCACUUCAGUUACACCACUCAAUCGGAGUUAUUACAUAUGGUUCAUCUGCCUUAUUGAAGAUACCAUGUUCGAACACCAACUGUAAGCAUGUGAAUAAUGUACCAACAGGGAAAAGACAUAAUAAAGUGUGGGAUGCCAAUCGCAAGCUUGUAGCUGCCAUUCAACACACUGGAAUAGGAUUUGAACAGAUUAAUGGUAUACCAGGAGAGCUUAACAUUCCACCAAUCAUCAAAACCUUGAUUCAAAUUAGACAGGAGGAAGUUGGUCUGGCCACAGAGUCUGUGGCAGAGACAUCAAUCAAGGAAGCACUUGCAGAGGAAGUAGACAAAACUUCCAAUGUUGACAACAGAGGCAAUGCAAUUACAGUGAGUGUCGAUGGGGCAUGACAAAAGAGGGGAAGUGGAAGGUCGUUUGAUAGUUUAACUGGACAUUGCUCAAUGAUAGGAACACAGACGGGAAAGAUUGUUGAAUACAGUGUCAGAAACAAAUGCUGUAAAAUUUGUGAAAAUGCAGAGAAGAAAAACCAACUUCCCAUGUUACAUAAAUGUAAAAGAAAUUGGUCAGGUAGUUCAAAAUCAAUGGGACCAGAUAUGGUGGUUGAGAUGGUUGGGAGUGUGAUGCAACAAGGUGUUCAGAUGGAGACAAUAAUUGGUGAUGAUGACACCACAGCAAUGUCGAAAAUCCACAAGGAUCUAGAUGCAAAUUUGAAGAAAUACUGGGACAAGAAUCAUGUCCAAAAAAAACAUUUCAAAUUCAUUGUAUAAUCUUCAGAGAAAACAUAAAUCAUUGUCUACGAAAGUAAUUCAGUAUUUUAAGAAGUCUUUCAGUUAUAUGUUGUCGCAGAAUCAGGGAAAUCCAUGUGAAAUAGAGAGGGGACUCUCGGCCUUGUCCCUCCAUCCAUUUGGAAACCAUACAGAGUGUAGUGUAACAUGGUGUCAACACAAAGAAAAUGCAACAAAGAAGUAUUCUUCACUUCCUUAUGGUCGACCACUGGAAAACAAGGAAUUGCAAGAAGAUAUUGCACUGGUCUUUAACCGCUUAAAGAAACACAACCUAAAACUUUCAAGAUUUGGAAGCACACAACCUAAUGAAAGCUUCAACAAAACUGUGGCGUCCAAAACUCCCAAAACUCAUCUCUACAGCCGUUCCAUUGGUUACAGGGUUGCUGCCAGUGUGGCUAAAAAAAACAUGGGCCAAGGUUAUUUGAUACAAUUGAACAAGAAACUAGGACUGUCCCCUGGGGCCUAUACAGGGAAAUUGGCAUUAUCAAAGGAUACUCAAGCCCGAAGAAAAAAAGCUCUAGCCUUGACAAAGCAAGCUAAGAAAAGGAGGUUACAACUUAAAGCAAACCGGAAGCAAUCAACAGCUGUUAUGGAGACUAGAGAGGAGGAAAAUUACAAAUCGGAGAUUGCGUUUGAUGAGAUUGAUAUAACAGCGAUACCAGAACCAAUCAUCAAAGCUGCACUCCAGCCAGCAACAUUUUCUUCGAACACCCCACUUGUGUUCUUUGACCUUGAAGCAACAGGAUUAGCAAGAGAUUCUCAUAUUACGCAGUUAGCUGCUGUGUGUGGUGAAGAAAAGUUUUCCACCUAUGUCUUUCCGAGAAUACACAUCACAGCAAAAGCUUCAGAAAUUACCGGAAUCGAGAUUGUUAAUGAAAAAAUGUUUAGCAAAAAUGUAGAAGUGAAUCCUUUAAAAAUUUCAGCUGGAAUUGAUGCUUUGCUUAAUUUUGUUUCAAAAUUUCAAACUAAAGUAAUUCUGAUUGGUCACAAUAUUAAAUCGUAUGAUUGCCACCUUCUCUUAAAUGCUCUUGAAUCUUGUAAAAAAAAAAAAAAAGAUUUUUCUCCAUGCAUUGCAGGAUUUGUAGACACAAAGAUACUUUUUAAAAUCUAUGAUGGUACAUUGAAUUGUUAUUCUCGGGAAAGUCUUUUUAAACAUUUUGUAUCAUCCAAGUACAAUGCUCAUGAUGCUAUAGAAGAUGUACUUGCUCUUCAAAAACUGAUCGGACAUUUAGACAUAGAUGUGUCAAAUUGUAUAUUUUCAAAUGCUUCAUUUACUUUUUUAAAUGCAUUAGAAAGCUGCAGAUACAGUUCAGAGGUAAGAAAGAAUAUACCAACUCUGAAUCAUUUAAUCAAUGAAAAAGUUGUCAGUAAAGGCAUGGCAAGCAAAAUUGCUGGAAGUGGACUUAACUUUAGGUGUCUACAACUUGCUUAUAGAAGAGAUCCACAUGAUGGAAUACAAAAUUUGUUGUCUGAAAAAGUCAGAAAUGGUGUUCGGGUGACUAAAUCUCAGAAAGUCAUUUUUCUUUAAACAAAUACUUUGUAUCAACAUGUGAAAUAUAGAUUGAUGAUAGUCAUUGGACAAUUAGUUUGAACAUAUUUAUUGCAUUAGACAUUUACAUUGGAAUUAGGCACAAGUUCUGAAAACUUGAUUUGCCCUCUCCCUACAAGUUUAUACAUGUACAUACAAAAUAUUAUAAGUCACAACAUCAUAGAAAUGUAAUGAUGCAGUAAUGGAAACAUUUACGAUCAAAGUAUUUAGAAUACUGUAAGUUGGGCUCUGUAUGAUGUACAUGUAAACAAUCACUGUUUGUUAAUAUUUGUUGGAUGUUGAUGUAAGAUUCUCAACCCUCUCAAUACUUUGAUUUAUUUUUUAGACUGGUGCUCUGUCUAUGUUGAAAACCUGGUUAUAUUCAUAUGCGAUUUAGAAAUAUUUUAAAGCCGUGUUUAUUUAGUUCAAGGUUGCUUUGGAAAUGGGCAUUAAUUUUUAUCACUCUUCUUUUGCUUGCUGCAUAUUUUCUAGUUAAUUACUAUAGGGAAGUAUGUCUAAUAUGGGAACGAAAGGACAUACUAUGUUAUAAUGUGUAAGUUUAUUUUUACGGUGAUAUGGGCAACAUAUGAUUGCUCUAAAAAGCAUUUACACUUGGCUAAAAAAGAAAUUCAAUUAUGACUUAUCUGAAUCUAACAGUAUUUUUUCAGUACAUUAAAAAAUAUUGUUUGUUUGCUGAAAUAUUUAAUCAAACAUCACCCAAAGCAAUGUAUGGAUGUCAACGGUAUGAAAGUUUAUUAUAUGCUAUACUCAAUUUAACAUGUUCUGUUUUUGAGAGAGAGAGAGAGAGAGAGAGAGAGAGAGAGAGAGAGUGAUCGUUGCAAGAAUUGAACUGCAAAAAAAUUGUGUGCGAACUACAUCGGUAUUGAUGUACACAGCGGUUAUGAUAUUGUUCUUUGAAUUUUGAUACUAAAUGAAAUUGGUCUAUUAAAUUUCCAUUUUCAUUUCAAAUGAAAAUGACUGAAUUUCA